AACUCUGUCUACGGCUGGGGUGCGUUCAUUUUAUUUUCAGUCUUCACCAGAGAGAAAGAAAGAGAGAGUGAAAGACACCACAAACACCUGAAGGAUGGAUCAGGACGACGCACUGUUGGAGAGAGCUUCCAGCUCCGAGACCAUGACCGAGCAGAGGAGGACCCCCAAUGGUAAAGCAGUGAAGGUGGCCGGUCUGACCGUGCUGGCAUGUCUGCUGCUGGCUGGUCAGGCUUUCACGGCCUACUAUGUCAUGAGGCAGAAGGAUCAUCUUCAAUCUUUGGAGCAGGGACAGGAUACUUUGAAGAAGGAGCUCUCUCGCAUGCUGACAGUUGCUCCUAAAAUGAUGCGCACCCCCAUGAGCAAAAUGCCAAUGCUGAUGGCCAUUGAUCAGGACGGCUCAAAACAGCCACUCUCGAAAAUACAGCCUAGCUACCAAAUCCAGAAAGAAGGAAGUGGCCUUGUGGAUGAAGGUCUCCGACCAGCUGGGAGGAUGGCAGUGGCCAUGAACCACAUGCCCAUGUUGGUUGACAUCAAUGCAGACAAGGUUGAGAAGGAGCCCGAAACCACUAAUUCUCCUGUUGUUCUUGUGGAGAAAAAGUGCAAGAUCGAGGCUGAGAAGGUCAAACCAGGCUUCUAUCAGCCACAGUGCGAUGAGGAGGGCAACUACAAGCCCAAGCAGUGCUGGCACAGCACUGGCUACUGCUGGUGUGUGGAUAAGAAUGGCAACAGGAUCGCUGGCACUGAGUCACGUGAUCACGUGGACUGUGGCAAUGUCAACUAAAAGCUUGACUAAAAUCAGUAGGUUAGAAAGAUGGAGGUUCAAAUCUUGCAUCCUGAAUUAAACACACUGAUUAAAAACAAGAUACUAUUAGCUCUCCUGUCUGGUAUCUGUCUCUUAUCUGACUCUUUGUUUUACAGCAGAUUAAAAUAGAGUUAAAGAAGUGAUUACUGCUUGACUAUAACAAAUAAAUUCAUUUAGCAUCUCAUUCUGUUUUGUUCAAUUUAGAUUAGAUGUUUAUCGGUGAUUACUGUUACAUGCAUAACAAUUGCAACAUACUGACUCAUGUGGUUAUACUAUUUUCUGUUCUUUGCUCAUUAUUGAUUUGCUUAUUUAAUUUUUUUUUUACUUAAGGCAUGUUUAGAGAUGGCAAAAGAUUGCAAGAUGUAGGUCUAUGAAUGAAAAGGAAUGUUCUGUAAAUAAGUGGCCUUCGAAUAAACCAUGCCUCCCUAUUCUAAA